UCAUUGUAACAAAUGAAGAUUUUGAACAUGGGAGGGUUCAGUAAAGUGGGUCCGGUGAAAGUAACGUUAACGAACUCCUAAUCAUAAAAAUAACUUGUAUUCAUCUCUUCGCCUUCAUUUCCAAUUUUCCAUCUCCACAACACUCUCUUCACUUCUCCAACAUGUCAAACGCCGUCGUUUUACUUCUCUCCCUCAUCGCAAUCUUCCGUUGCUUUCACUCCACCAACUCCCACUCACAAAUCCUUUUCACAUCUCAACAAUACCGUGACUCGUUCAUCUCGUCGCCAGCGAGUUGUCCCGCGCCCAACCCCAACCUCUACUACAGGCCGGUCAUCGGAAUUCUUAGUCAUCCCGGCGACGGUGCUUCCGGUCGACUAAAUAAUGCUACUGACAUUUCUUAUAUCGCUGCCUCGUAUGUUAAAUUUGUGGAGGCUGCCGGUGCUAGAGUUGUUCCACUUAUCUUUACUGAGCCGACGGAGAAGCUUCUCAAGAAGCUCGAAUUGGUAAAUGGGGUUCUAUUCACUGGUGGAUGGGCUAAAGAUGGUUUAUAUUUUGAAACUGUUAAAAGAAUAUUUAAGAAAGCUUUAGAGAAAAAUGAUGCUGGAGAUCAUUUCCCAUUAUAUGGCGUUUGCUUAGGUUUCGAACUUAUAACAAUGAUCAUAAGCGAGGACAAUAAUAUUCUUGAAGAAUUCAGUGGAAAAAAUCAGGCAAGUAGCCUUCAAAUUGUGGAGAAUGCAAAUAUAGAAGGAAGUGUAUUUGGAAGAUUUCCUCCAGACUUGUUAAAGAAGUUGAGUACAGAGUGUCUUGUCAUGCAAAAUCAUUGUUUCGGCAUAUCCCCAGCAAAGCUGCUGGACAAUCCAAAGCUAUCUAGUUUUUUCGAGAUCUUGACAACUUGCAAUGACGAAGAUGAUAAGGUUUAUGUUUCAACAGUACGUUCACGUAACUAUCCGGUGACUGGCUUCCAAUGGCAUCCAGAGAAAAACGCCUUUGAAUGGGGCUCAUCGAAAAUUCCACACACGGAAGAUGCUAUUCAGAUAACUCAGCAUGUUGCAAAUUUUUUGGUCAGUGAAGCGAGGAAAUCCUUAAACAGACCAGUUUCUCAGGAAUUGUUAGACAAUCUCAUUUACAAUUACAAACCAACUUAUUGUGGCUAUGCAGGGAAAGGAUUCGAUGAAGUUUAUAUAUUUGAAUAAGUCUAAAUGCCGGAGAUAUCAUUAUUAGUAAUAAUUUGGCGUAUGUUUGUAUAAUUGUAUUGGUGUUGAGCGAGUUUGGGCGCACGUCAAACCCAAGCUCAAAUUUGUUGCUUUCCGGUUGAACGUGCAUCUGAACACGUGAAAACUGGUAAAUGGCAGUGUUGUAUUUGUAUGCAUAAGCAUGAGUAUGUAUCCAUUAUUAUGAACAAUCAUUGUUGUAUGAUAACAUUCUACUAGAAGAUAUGCUUAUUAUUAACACUUUCUA